GCGCUCACGCCACUCAACACCAAGUCGGAGGCCAUGGACAGAGCGCUGCAGGACCUCCAGAAGGACGUCCGUGAGUUGCAUGACCGCGACCUGGAGAAGGAUCGGCCCCCCGGGCCGGGCUCGCUCCAGCAGAGGCAAGCUUACAUCCCCAGCCUAG